AUGUUGUAUAUUUACUACGUGCCAGACGACGUCAACGUGCAGCAUUCCAAACUAACCCUUAAAGUUCAGAAGAAAACGAUCUUUGAUUUACGACUUAUCAAAGAAUUGAAGGAUCAAGAAUUUUCUUUUCUCACUGUAAAUAAAAGAUGUGUGAUGAAUGGGACUUUAAUCAGUGAAGAAGUGGUGGAUGACCUGGCUUCUAAAAAACAACCAUUUUGCUGCUUCAAAAAUAUUAGCGUUUCAAGUCCAGACCCAUUACCUGGUUAUAAGAUAAUAGUUUUGUGGACCAAGAUUCUUGGAAGACACGAUCCACGUCUUUUUCUGGGAACAAAACUCUUUCAAAACUGUGACGUAAAAACUUGUCAGACAACGUUCAACAAAGUAGAGAUCAUCAAGAGUGACGCCGUAAUUUUUCACGUGUACCACUUGUGUGAUCUCAACGAUAUGCCGCAGUAUCGGUUCGGCUCUCAGCGAUGGGUUGCUUUCAUGACGGAAGCACCCCCUCACGAUAAACUGCGUCAUGGAAAGUCAAAUUUCUCGAUUUUCAACAAUAUUUUCAACUGGUCCAUGACGUAUAGGCUAGAUUCCCAUAUACCUAUACCAUUCGGAGCAACGUUUAAACGAGAACGCGUGCUAAGCCUUAACGCUCUUACACAGGACACUAUUCCCACAAAGACACGACUAGUCGCGUGGUUCGUGUCACACUGCCACACUCCAGCUAAGAGGGAAUCUUUCGUGGAAGAACUACAGCACUACAUCAAAGUCGACAUUGUAGGACGCUGUGGAAAGAUAAAAUGUCCCUACCUGGGUAACGAGUGCUACGCCUGGUUAGAAAAACAUUACAAAUUUUACUUAGCUUUGGAAAACAGUGUCUGUAAAGACUACGUAACAGAGAAGUUCUUUAACGUACUUGAUUACAAUGUUGUGCCUAUUGUUUUGGGAGGAGCAAAUUACUCCGACAUAGCACCUCCGAACUCGUACAUUGAUGCUCGAAAAUUUCAAUCUGUGGAAGAACUCGCUAAGUUCUUACUACUCGUAGACAAAUACGACGAUUUAUAUAAUUCCUAUUUUGAAUGGAAGAAGACCCAUAGGGUAGAAAGAUAUGGAGCUGGUGGGCAUGGUUGGUGUGAGCUGUGUGCUGCUCUCCAUGAUCGAAAGUUACCAGCAAACACUAUCAAGGAUUUUCAUGGAUGGUGGUACAAAGAGUCUCGCUGUGAAAACUUAGAUUAGAAGUUUGUAGUCGCAGCAAAAAUAAAAUAAAUUUAAGGAGACGAGUUAUACUGAGCAAACGUUUUACGCAUAUCCUGUUUACGAGUGUUGUUAUGAAUUUUAAAAAAUCUCACGUGCAAAGGAAGAGAAACUAAUAUUGCCAGGAAUGGCGACGAACAUGAGUGUAAAUUAUAAUGUAAAUUGCAGUCACGAGAAGUUAACUGAGUAUUAAUACGUAGCUUAACAGGAGGUGUUCUUGUAAGUUCUUUUAGAAGUAAGUGUAAUGUGUAGCUUAACAGGGGAUUUUCUUGUAGGGCUUAUUUAAAACUGUUAAUAUGUAGCUUAACAGAAGGGGUUCUUGUAAGUUAAUUUAAAACUGACUGUUAAUAUGUAGCUUAACAAAAGGGGUUCUUGUAAGUUAAUUUAGAACCAACUGUUAAUAUGUAGCUUAACAGAGGAUUUAUUUAGAACUAAUUGUUUUGUAGCUUAACAGAAGGGGUUCUUGUAAGUUCUUAGAAUCUUUAAUAUGUAGCUUGACAUAGGAUUUACUUGUAAGUUUAUUUAGAACUAAUUGUUAUGUAGCUUAACAGAAGAUGUUCUUGUAAACUUAAAAGUAACUUUUAAUUUUAUUGAACAUUAAGUUCUCCUUAUCUUGCUUUCAUAAUAGUUUAUAAUGCAUGUCUUAUUCAAUAAAUAACUAUACAAAGUACCCGAAGAUGAUUUUUUAGCAAACAUAGUCACAACGAUGCUGGUAGGAGUUACAGUAAAAUACGAACACCAUAGUCGUAAUGACUGCUUCGUAACAUAACAAAAAAUUAGCCCUAGUAACACUAGGAAAAACACAAACAAGAACAAGGCUCUUAGGAAUAUUAAUAGCAACUUAGGAAAACAAAGAAUAAAACUAUCCCUAAGAGUAGCAAUGUUACAAGACAGCGAAGA